AUCAGUCACAUGAUCUCAUCCAAAUCCAAGAUGGCGACCAAAAUGGCGGCUUUUAUGUGCCAAAAUUGCAAUCUGUUGUGGCGGUCAUUUUCGCUUCAAAAUCUUCCUUAUAGACUCAUUUUUGGAAGAAUGAUGACGCAAAGGAAGUUAUGCAGCAGUGCAACAGAGUCUAAGAAAGCAACAGAAACAGAUGAAUCAAAGCUUGAUCCGCCAGCUCAUGUGCUACAGACUAAAGGAAUGGGAACACCAGUUAUGGAAGAACACACACCAGUCCAUCCUGAAGUGGCAGAGAUUUUAAGAAACUCAAGAGGUCGAUUGGUGGAUGGAAAGUGGAUAAAACCUCUGUACAAUGCCAGAAAAUUAGCGAAAUUAAGAAAUGAAUACAUAGCCAAAGGUUACUACUGGCCACAGAAGCCAAUGGCUGAUAGAGGCCUUGACAGAACUCCAAAAGGACACAAGCGUGUUAUGCUGCAGGAAGAGAGACGUAAAAAAAUUGCGGAGAACAUGGCGAAGAUGCCGCAAAUCAUCGAGGAGUAUAAAACAAGGAUGCGAGAAAUCAGGGCUAAAAGAAGAGAGGAAAAAGAAAAGUCGAGACUUCAGGCAAUUCAAGCUCAGAGGCUGGGGUAUGACAUCAGAGAUCCGCGAGCUCUGCUGGCAAUACAGGGAGAAGCUACAGACGAUAAGAAGAGAAAGAAGGAGAAGGCAAAAAAAUAGAAAACGAGGACGUAGAGUCUCGCUACAGCUGGUACCGGUUUACUACCCACACGCAAAUGAGGAGAGAUCUUUCCUGAAAGGUUCAAGUACUCUUUCAUUCUCUUCAGUAUCAAUUCAAUAAACAAAGGUGCACGCAGUUCUUCCAACGCUGUAGUUAGAAGCUUGCGCUACAGGCGUGAAUGGUGAAGGGGUAAAAAAAGUGAAAAACGCUCCUCCCCCUCGUCCCCGUUUUUCGUUUUCUACGCAGGCUACCGUUAAUAGGAACGUCUGAGACUGGACCCGAAAAAAUUCCAUACCGAUGCCCUACUCUGUUCAGUGUCUCUAAUCUGUUCAGUGUCUCUGAUUGGUUGUUACUUGCGCGCGAAAAUUCAAAACUGCGCAUCAACCAAUCAGUGACACUACACGGAUUUCUACAUAGCUACGUCAUCAGCAAGGAAGCUUCGAUACUCUUAUCAGAGAGGGAAGAAAUCCCAGACCGUCAUUGAGUUUUGACUCGAAAAUGUAUAAAUAUUGUAAGAAAUAUGCGCCCCCAAUUAAAUAAAGAAAAGUUACAACAGUAGCUAUGUUGCCACACUGAACAAUAAAAUUAAUUCUCAAACUUGGCUGAUUCAGAACGAUUCAAGCGGCAAACGUGAGCCUUACUUUCCAACUUUUUCCCCGCGUCGUCCUUAAUCCGCCCGCAGGCUAGUGUAUUGUCAUCAUUAUGUGCUGUCACGGUUUUACAAAAUUGAAUAAGUGUUUUGAUUCCA